AUGGCCAAAAGCGGAGAGGCCCUGCCACAGGGCUGUCCAGCACCAGUCCAGAAUCCCCACCUCAUCAAAGUGACAGUGAAGACACCCAAGGACAAGGAGGAUUUCUCAGUCAUAGACACUUGCACCAUCCAGCAGCUGAAGAAAGAGAUAUCUCAGCGCUUUAAGGCUCACCCUGAUCAGCUGGUCUUAAUCUUUGCUGGCAAAAUCCUCAAGGAUCCUGACUCACUGGCACAGUGUGGAGUGAGAGAUGGCCUCACUGUCCACCUGGUCAUCAAGAUGCAGCGCCGUACCAUGGGCACUGAGUCUCCAGAUGCUUCAGUCCCUAGUCCAGCCCCUGGAUUGCUCCCUCAGCCAAGCUCCAUUUUCCCAACAGACGGGCCAUCCACCUUUAGCUUAGGUGUCCUCACAGGCCUCAGUGGGCUGGGCCUGACUUCUGGUAGUUUCCCCGACCAGCCAAGCUCACUGAUGUGGCAGAAUGUAUCUGUGCCUGAGUUUGUGGCUCAGAUCAUUGAUGAGCCUUUCAUCCAGGGUCUGCUGUCCAACACAGGCCUGGUGCGUCAGCUGGUUCAUGACAACCCCCAUAUGCAGCAGCUGAUCCAGCAUAACCCUGAGAUCGGGCAUAUUCUCAACAAUCCCGAAAUCAUGCGGCAGACACUGGAGUUUCUACGCAACCCUGCCAUGAUGCAAGAGAUGAUGCGUAGCCAGGACCGGGCCCUCAGUAACCUGGAGAGCAUUCCCGGUGGCUACAAUGUGCUUCGGACUAUGUACACAGAUAUUAUGGACCCAAUGCUUAAUGCAGUACAGGAGCAGUUUGGUGGCAAUCCCUUUGCUGCUACCACUACUGCUAAUGCUACCACUAACAACAGCCAACCUUCGAGGAUGGAGAACUGUGACCCUCUUCCCAACCCCUGGGCUUCCACAAAUGGAAGCUCAGGUGGCAGGCGGGGCAGGUGGCCUGGGGACCAGGACAUAUCUGAAAUUAGAAAUAGAGCUCCUAACAUUCUGGGUAGUUUAGGGCUCUAUGACUACCUCCAGCAAUUACAUGAGACCCCGCUGUCCCUGGGAACCUACCUGCAGGGGACUGCAUCCACCCUCAGUCCAAGCCAAGAGGCACCGCCACCAGGAAACCGAGUUCCCCCAACCUCAUCUCGAGUUCCACCAACUUCAUCCCAGAAACCUGAGUCAGGCCAUCCACGCCCCAAGGAGUCAGUAGCAAUCAAAGGCAAAUCCUCUUGCCCAGCAUUCUUGAGAUACCCCACAGACAGUAGUCCUAGGCAAAACGGAAGCCAAGAUCGUUCAGGGAAUGGCUCCACUGGUCACAGCACCAGCAUGCCCGAUCUUAUCUCAGGGCUGGGGGCUGCUGCCAACAGGGCCCCAUUUGGUCCUUCACCACCAUCUCCAAUGGUAGCUACCUCAGGAAUCCCUGAACAUUCAUGGCUGCCACCACUAGCUUAUCCAAGAUCUCUGCGACCAGAUAGCGUGAAUCAGGCCCCACAAUUACAGGAUGAGAUACGCCGGCAGCUGCCCUUGCUGCUGCAUCUUCAGGCAGCCAUGGCAAACCCUCGUGCCAUGCGUGCCCUGCUUCAGAUUGAGCAGGGUCUGCAGGUCCUAGCGACUGAGGCACCUCACCUCCUACUCUGGUUCAUGCCUUGCCUAGCAGGGCUGGGAAAUAUGGCAGGAGAGGCAGAGCCUGGAGAGGGCACCCUUAUGCCUGAGGCUCCCCCACCAGCCCCAGCUCCUGAGGUUUCCCCAGAACAGGGUUCUGCGGAGCUAGGCCUCCAUUCCAGUCCCUUCCUCCAGAUACUGCAAGCCCUAGCCGGUACCAAUCCCCAGCAGCUGCAGCCCGAGACUCACUUCCGGGUGCAGCUAGAGCAACUGCGGGCCAUGGGCUUUCUGAAUCCCGAAGCCAACCUCCAGGCCCUCAUUGCCACGGGAGGUGAUGUGGAUGCUGCGGUAGAGAAGCUGAGGCAGUCAUAG